AAAAGUGAUGAUGACAAAGGACGAUGAAGAAGAAGAAAGCAUGAAAAAGUGAAAUAAAAGUAAAGAGAAAAAGAAAAUAGAAGAAUAAAAGGAAACGAAAAAAAAGAGGAAAGAUAAACACACCAGAAUGAGAUCCAAGUAAACACGCCAGCAUCCACGCAACCUCAGUCAACUAAAACGUGAAUAAUUUUUGCGAUAAUCACCAUGUAAACGAAAAAAAAACAAAAAAAAAACGAGAGAAGGAGAGCCACAGCAUCAAGAGAAAAUAGUAUAGCUUGAACGUGCAUCGAGUGUAGUGUGUGAGACUGUCGCAAAUUGCUCGUGUUUGUAAUCAACUUUCUUACCAAAUUCAACAUGAAAGCAGGGAGACGGAAGGCAAUGUGGAGGACCCUGUGUUUUACAGUGAUUUUAGCGCUAGCUAUUUUUCUGCGGAAAAUUGUUUCAACUUUGAGCUUCAGAAUUUCGAUGCCGCUGACUCGUUUGACUGACUCGGAAAAGGUCUUGUCAGAAGGAGAAUUUUAUGUGCUGAAGAAUGUUUUCAACUAUAAAGAGAGCCAGCAAGAACGUACGGGACUAAGAAUGCUCUCUGCACUCUACGAACAUCUACCAGCAGUUAGAGCAAAGUACUCAAUCAUGUCGCCCCAAAUACCGAAGUUUAUUGCUGAACUCGAGGAAGAUUUAAAAGAGAAAGGCAUUACAAAAAAUCCUUGGAAAUUGGCACGUAAGUGGGCGAAGCCAACCUCGCUGACCCCGGCGUCGGCCCCCGGUCUGGCCGACGUGCUGGCAGCCCUUUCCACCGCCAACAUAACAGCUGCUGAUCUCAGCGACAAAGGAUCACAGCUCAAGAUUAUACUUGAGCUUGAAGGAGGACAGACUGUUAUUUUUAAACCGAUGAGAUAUUCCCGAGAUGAGAGUUUAGAAGACGCCUAUUUUACCUUCGAUCGUCAUAAUGGUGAAAUCGUCGCCUUCCACUUGAGCAGAGUGUUAGACAUGCGAAUGGCGCCUCUCACUGUAGGUCGAAAAAUAUCGCUGGAAGCUGAAAUAUUGCCCGUUUCAACGCCAAGACUUUCGGACACAAUCUUUCGCAACGAGGACAAAGAUCUCUGCUUCUUCGGAAAUUGUGUGUACUGCAACAAGAAAUGGCCUGCGUGCGAGAAGAACCAGCGUCUCGAGGGCGCUGUCAUCAUGUGGCUUCCGGCACAUUACAUAUCGUCCGAACCCCACCAUCCCUGGGGACGAACGUAUAUAAAAAACAAGCUAGCUGACUGGGAGAAGGACGAACACUACUGCCAGGCUGUUCUACGCAACACCCACCCGCGGAAACUUCUAGAUCUCAUUGAUGCGGCAGUUUUCGAUUUCCUGAUUCAGAAUGUCGACAGGCAUCACUUCGCUCAGGCCUCGGGCGCUAAGGACUCUCCUGUGGUUUUGAUAGACAAUGCGAAAAGUGUAGGAAAUGCCUUUGUUGACUGGAUGGAUAUCCUGGCACCAAUUCUACAGUGUUGCAGAAUGCGGAGGACUACUUAUGAAAAACUCGUAUUCCUGAGCGGCGGCGGGUUAUCCCAGGCAAUGCAAGAACUGCUCGAGUACGAUCCCGUGGCACCUGUCCUCACGCCCGCCCACCUGCGCGCCUUCGACCGUCGGAUAUUACACGUCUUGGCCGCUAUGAACGCGUGCAUGGUAGCGAGAGGCGGUUGGGAUGAUGUCCUCUUUUAAGGGGUAAUUGUUAGUGGUUAAUGGCUGAAACAAAUAGAAAUGCUAAAUGACUAAUGGUUUAAUCAAAUAAAUGUGAUAGAGAAUGUCCUCUUUUAAAAGGGGUCAGAAACGUGAUUUUUUUUUUCUCUGUCGAUAUAUUCUAUAAAUGGUUAGUUGAAUAUUCUUGGUUCUGUAAUAACUUACUAAUGUACCGUCGGUGAGUGCAAUGAUGAUUCAUCCAUUGAUUUUCAUGAUUGUCGAUAAAAAGAGCGACUUGGAAACAUACUGUUGCUCAUCAGAUUCCUAUGUGAUUUGGCUUGCUUUGUCUCCAUGAUAAUUUUUCUGCGAGCGAGUAUCACGACUUUGGUUAUUGAGAGUGUGAAAUUUUAGAUAUUGGUUUUUAGGGAUAUUUUUGUAUGGCUAUGCGAUUGGUAAGAUAUGAAGAAAAUGUAUCUAUGGCAAUUGUCUAUUUCUCGAGCUGGUUAGUAAAUUGUGGGCAAUUAAGUUUUAAAAAUCCAAUGAAUAUAUGUGGUCGUUCAUUAUAUUUAACAUGUUGUCUUUCUUUUCCUUAAAAUUAUGAAAUGCAUAAGCAUGAUAUAUAAAGCAGAAGUAAUAACACUAGUGUGCAGAGCUUUCAAUUGCAGACUAUCAACAUGGUGUGUCGUGGAAAAAUUCAUUAUUCUGUACAUUUUUAACUAACUCGGUACACACAUCAAUAACGAUGAAAAGCUAGUACCAACAUAUACUGAAGAGGUUCUACAUGAACAUUAUCAGCAUCUAAAGAGCAGACAAUGAUACACAGCCAUUAUACAACAGUGGUUUGUUUUGAAAGAUACCUUGAAAGAAGUAACUUAUGUAUUAAAGUAAGUACCCAUCCUCAAAAUUAUUUUCCAGACUGGGGGAGGGGGGGAAGAGAGAGUGGGGGAGAGAUAGAGGGAGAGGGGGAAGAAAGAGAGAGAGAAAGAGAGACUCAUGAAUGGGCAGAGCAUUUCCAUAUAGUUGAGAAAAGGGAGCAUUUGAACCAUAAUUAUCAGUACAUACAAAAUUAGCAUACAUAAUAAAGAACAUACUCUUCUUCUCUCCGAUAUUUUAAGCAACAAUGCACUAGGGCCAAUCAAUCUACUGCUGCGUAAUAUGACAAUCAAAGGACAAAAUCUACAUAAAAAAAAAAAAAAAAAAGAGAGAGAACCUGGAUCAAUAUGCAACGUGUCAAUCUAAUCCGAACAAUUUCCUAAGUCACAGAUCACACUGCUACUGCAUCGAUAUUAGCACUCUUCACAAAACCAGGAUUGGCUUAGCCUUAACAUAUAUUAAGUCCUGUUCGUUAAAAAGUACCUGAGUGAGAAACACGACUUAAAGGGCUAAACAUAUUGAAAAGAGCAGCUGCCAAUUUGUAAGUAGUGUUAGGAAAUAUGAAUUUUAUCAGGUGAUUUAUGCAAGCUCUAGCAAAUUAUUUCUUAGUGAAGAGCUUACAGUGGAUAAAGACAGGUAUGGCCUAUGAUACCUAUGUAAUCUGACUGUUUUCAGUUGCUUCCCAAAUCCUAGUACAUGAGGUAUGUAGCAUUAACAAAUAAUAGAAGAAUACCAUUGAGAAUUUAUUUAUUGAUCAUAUUCAUAUACAUUUUGCAGCGUGAAAGGAGCAACUACAGUUGUGACAGGCUAGUGAUAUUGAACCUAAGUUAUGUCUUAACAAGGCUCAUUGUUGUAGUUUGGGAUAAUAUUAGUAAAUCAUACAUUUUUAAAAAUCUCUGGCUCAUCAUCACUAAUUGUGUCCAAAUCUUCCUUCGAAAGAGCUAUGGAGCAGCAGGCUUUGUGCAUAUGCUGUAGCUACACAAAAUAUUUGAUGCUACAAAAUUUACACUAGUCACAUCAACAGUCAUUUCAUACAAAUUCACAUCCAUUUUUUAAAAGAAUAGCUCUGAACGGCAGAGAAAUUGCAUUCCCAAAAUCUAUCCAUUGCAGAUCAAACAUUUACAUUUAAUCUAUUAUCUCAAUAAAACAAAACUGUGAUAUAAUUAUAUAGCUCUUGCACUUUAUACAAUUCUUGUCAAAAACACAUUAUCAUAAUCAUUGCUAUAGCCCUUGUAGCCACAAAAACAUCUUAAUAUAUGCUAAAUGAUAAAAAAAAAGAAUUCAAUAGAUACAAUAUAAAUAAAUCUUCAGAAGCUUGUUUAUCACUGAACCAACUAGUAACUACUCCAGUAGUGUGCUACAUACUGUACACUAUAUCAGUUUUAAACAAUGCAAAAUAACAAUGAAUUCUGCUUAUCAUCUAAUCCACUGUCUGUUCCUUUGGUCACAACUUUACUUAAGAUAUAUACUUGUAAUAAGAAAACUAUGGCAGCAGUUUAUGAAUUGCAACCAGUCCGUAAUAAAUAUUUUGCAAAGAGACAAGAUAAACAAAAGAGUUUACGGUUUCUAAAUUCCGUUAAAUUAAACUUUCUGUAACAAUAAACAUAACAACAAUAUAUACGAGAAAAAAAUCAUGGUAGAAAUAGUGACGUAAAAAAAUAAAAUGAAAUGAAAAAUAAAAAUGAAAGCAAGGUAAAACAAAAAUAUUUUGUUUAGCGCAGGUAAUGAAACAUGAAACAGUGAAUAAAGACAAAUUGAUCGGGACAAUUCUUAUAAAAACGAAUGUUAACUUGAACUCUAGUAAAGGAAUAACAGUAUACUUACAUAUCUACACUGUAUGUUUAUUUAGUGUUUUAUUUCUUAAAAUCAAUUACAUUUUGAUCAAUAAAUAUGUUUGUAAUAACUAGAUUGCUUUUGUUACAAAGAAAUGCAGAUUUUUAAAAUGAUAUGUUGAAUCUAUCAUUUUUUUUUUUUUUUUUUUUAAGGACUCCAAUUAUAUCUGGCAGGUACAGUACCAACAAUAAACCAAUGAUUAAACACAAUAGUUUCGUACAUCUUUCAAUUGGUAUAAAUUACAAGAGGAAAUUUUUA